AUGUCGGGACUACUUUCUUCCGGCGCUUUGUUACGUCGGGAUCCUCGACUCCUCAAGGUGCCCCCAUACCUGUCCUUUCUAUGCAUUGUGAUCGGUGUAGCAUGGCUCCUCGUUCUUCCCCUCGACAACUAUUCCCGAAAGACGUACAUAUCGGAAAAUGCACUGUUACCCGGGCAGGUCCAUACAUAUUUUGCUGGGAGUGAUCAGAAUGUUUUUAGGGGUUACAAGAAGGAGGUAGAUGCGCUGGAGGGGAAAGGGAAUACUGAGGUGAACGAUAAACUCGAGGAAUUCUUCAAAGCUUCUGGCCUAAAAGUCGCAAGACAAAAGUACGAGUAUAAAAGUGCUGGGGAAACAUAUUCAGGAGAGAACAUUUAUGCUAUACUUCAUGCGCCCAGGGGAGAUGCAGAAGAAGCUAUCGUGCUUGUUGGCGCCUGGACAAAUGUUGAAGGAGAAUUGAAUAAGAGUGGUGUUGCCCUUGUGCUCACUCUGGCAAGAUAUUUCAAGAGAUGGUCGUUAUGGUCUAAAGACAUAAUUUUUUUAAUAACGGCGGAUAGCAGGGCUGGGCCUCAGGCUUGGGUAGAUGCUUACCAUGAUACGCAUCAGAAGGGGAUACAAUCUCUGCCGGUGAAAAGUGGUGCUCUUCAGGGUGCCGUUGUCAUCGACUACCCAUUUGACCACAGAUUCGAGUCUAUUCAUAUCGUCUAUGAUGGUAUUAACGGACAGCUACCCAACCUCGAUCUUCUAAACACCGUAGUUGCCAUCGCUAGUGGCCAAAUGGGAAUUGGAGCCUCCUUACAGAAGAUGUGGCGGCAUACCGAUACCUACAAAGAUCGGUUGACUACUAUGUUAAGGGGAAUGCUGAAUCAGGGACUCGGUCAUGCUUCUGGCCCUCACAGCAGUUUCAUUCCCUACCACGUCGAUGCAAUCACCCUACAACCUUACGGGGAGGGUUGGCAAGACGAAAUGGCCAUGGGAAGAGUGAUAGAAAGCACGUUUCGAAGUUUGAACAAUCUGCUCGAGCAUCUACAUCAAAGUUUCUUCUUCUACCUGCUAAUGCAGUCCAGUCGAUUCGUCAGUAUUGGCACAUAUUUACCCAGCGCUAUGCUAGUUGCCAUCAAUUUCACCAUAAUGGCAAUUUUCCUCUGGGUAAAGAGUGCGUCUCCACCAGCGACGGCUGGCAAGGUAGCUUCAGCGACAGGGGAGAAAUCCGCUCCAUUGAUGUUGGUCCAGGAAGGAGAUGCUAAGGCUCUUGUUCCAGAGAUUUUCGCUGAAGAAAAAGAGCGUGACUUCUUUCUACCGCUAGCUGUGGUUGUCGGCUCGCAUUUCUUGGGAGUUCUACCUUUGUACUUGUUCAACCAUACUCCAGAAAUUAUGCUACCAGCAGUCUUCUUCAUCUUCGCCGUUAUGAAUUUCGUCUUCCCAUUUUUGGCAUCCACGGUCUUAACUCGCUCUUUCGCUCCAACAAGUCAACAAUACCAACUGAUCAAAGCUUUCUCUCUCCUCUUCCUCGGCAUGUUUCUCUCAACAUUAGCAACCCUGAACUUCUCCCUCGCCUUCCUCGUAGGACUUCUCUCAGCUCCUCUGACGUACAUCCGCUCCUAUCCCGGUCGACCAAUCACCACAGUAUUCUUUAUUGGCCUACUCAGUUUGCUCGCGCCUACAACCGUGUUUCUGGCUGGAACUACCUACUGGAAUCUGGGAAUUGGUGAGGUCUUGAAAGAGGCGGCUUUCGGAUGGGAUGUCUGGGGGAUGAAUACUCAAGUUGUGGUUUGGUGCGUGUGGUGGCCGGCGUGGGUUGUGGGUAUGAUUCAGUUGGCUGGGAAGCCAAAAGAUGAAGGGGGAAGUAUCAAAAUCUAG